AUGAAAGGAUGUCAGUGGGAUAAGGCCAGCAAAAAUAUCACUACAUUUUGGAGUGGAGUCUUCACAGAGGUUCCUACAUCUAUAUGCAGUGAGAGCUGCCCUCCAGGUUACAGAAAAGCACCUCAAAAGGGACAGCCAAUCUGUUGCUUUGACUGCAUUUCCUGCUCAGAUAAUGAGUUUAGCAACAAAACAGAUUCAACAGUGUGUGAGAACUGCCCUGACGGGAUGUGGCCCACUGAACGGCACGAUGGCUGCCGCCCUAGAUCCUUAGAGUAUCUUGCUUAUGAAGAUCCCUUGGGUGGAACUUUAGCUUCUCUUUCAGUCGUCGGGUCUCUUAUUCCUCUGAGCAUCCUGGUGAUUUUUUUAAGAAACUCAAAAACUCCAAUUGUAAAAGCCAAUAAUAGAAAUCUCAGUUACCUUCUUCUUUUUGCUUUGUUUUUGUGCUUCCUCUGCUCUUUAAUGUUCAUUGGUGCUCCUGUAAACCUAAUCUGUGUCCUUCGACAAAUUACAUUUGGGGUCAGUUUUGUACUGUGUGUUUCAUGUGUCUUGGGAAAGACCAUCAUGGUGGUUAUUGCUUUUAAUGCCACUCAGCCAAAGAGUAGCAGACGAAUGUGGCUAAAUUCUCGUAUCCCCAACACAUUAGUUAUUGUUUGCAUGACUAUACAACUCAUUAUAUGUAGUGUCUGGAUUAUGUACUCCCCUCCUUUUAAAAAUAAUGACAUCACAUCAAAGUUAGGAGUCACAAUUCUUGAGUGUGUUGAGGGUUCACCAGUUGCUUUCUGGUGCAUGAUGGGAUAUAUGGGGUUUUUAGCUACUUUAUGUUUUGUUGUUGCUUAUUUGUCAAGAAAGUUGCCGGGCAGUUUCAAUGAAGCUAAAAUGAUCACCUUUAGUAUGCUGAUAUUUGGGGCAGUUUGGAUCUCCUUCAUCCCCACCUACCUCAGCACCAGAGGGAAAGAAUCGGUGGCAGUGGAGAUAUUUGCCAUUUUAUGUUCAUGUAGUGGACUCCUGGCGUUACUUUUUUUCCCCAAGUGCUACAUUAUAAUCCUGAGACCAGAAAUGAACAAUAAGGAAUUCCUCACAGGAAAGAGAGGCUUUAAACAUAGUAAAGUGAAAUAAUGUGUGCAAAUGAU